UCCUUCUCAGCCCCGCCCCUCAGAGGCUGAGGUCUGCUCAUCUCUCUACUUCCCUCCCUCUCCCUCUCUCUCCCGCCCGCUUCCCUCCCACCUGGGCCUCAGUGAUACACUGACAGGAUGGAGAAAGCGGAUGACUUCUUGGAGGAGGAGUUCCGGAAGGCCUGCGCUGAGCUGGAGGCCCCGGCUCCUGCAGGCAAGGUCUGGGAGUCAUUGGUGGAGUCAGAGGGCUUCAGCAUCUACGGGCUGCUAGACGAGCAAACAGGACUCUAUGAGUAUAAAGCUUUUGGUGACUUCAAGGAUUGCUUGCCAGCCCUGUGUGCAGAUGUCUAUAUGGACUUAGAAUAUAGAAAGCAAUGGGACUCAUAUGUUAAAGAACUCUAUGAAAGGAAUAUCCGUGGGAAGUUGGUGGUCUACUGGGAAGUGAAAUAUCCCUUCCCCAUGUACAACAGAGAUUAUGUGUAUAUUCGGGACCGGAGAGACCUGGAUUUAAAUGGGCGGUCAGUCCAUGUGAUACUGGCUAAGAGCUUCUCCGUGCCUGAAAUUCCAAAGAAGGAUGGUGUCAUCCGGGUCAGCGAUUAUAGGCAAAGCCUUGUGAUCGAAAGUGAUGGCAAGAAGGGGUGCAAAGUUUCCAUGUUCUACCAUGAUAACCCUGGAGGCAUGAUUCCAUCUUGGCUUGUCAACUGGGCAGCAAAGAAUGGAGUUCCAAACUUCUUGAAAGACAUCCAGAAAGCCUGUCAAAACUACCAUAAGAAAAUCUAGAAGGAGGCAGCUUUAGUCCCAUUUCCAUGAACACUGACCACUCAGUGGUCAGGUCCUGGUGACACCAAGUCAACCUUUGCUAUUUUCCUUCUCUUCCAGAAAACUGAAAGCACUCUCCAGCAUGUCUUCCCUAUUCAUGCUAGUCUUACGCCUGACUUACAAUACUAACUUCCUUUCCCACUCUCCCCACCCUAGCAACAAUUCCCCUCUCCCACAGUUGAAUCUAGGUCAGAUCAGGAAAACUCUGCUUGUUUAUAUUUCAAAAGGAAAGUCUUUACUAGGGAACACAAUUGGUCUAUUGUGCCCUUUAGAAAGGAAGAAAACAAAUCAGAAAAGAAAAAAACCCAGUAUCCACACCAACUUCUGUCUCAGGAGUUAGCUUCUUGCUGAGCAAUAAGGACUGGGGGGAAGAUUCAUUACAUUCAAAAUUAUCUUUCCUUAAGGAAUCUUGCCACUUAGCUUACCCUUAGGACCACUUAGAUCUAUGGCCUGGCUGGCUUUAGGCUUUUUAUCUCAGGGAACCUACCAGAGUUGGCUGCUCUUCCUCUCACCAGAAAACCUUAUGAACUCUGAUUUGACCAACCUGUGCCUCAAAUUUGGAUCCCAUCAGAACUAUACCCAGUUAUUGGAGAGUGAGGCAGAAAGAUAGCAGCAGCCUUGGUGAUUUUCUCAGGGGCAAUAGCUACCCAACAUAUGAUGGUAAAGGACCCAGAUUGUUGCACAUAGAAAUCCAGGGUUGUCUUGUUCAGAAUUACAGGAUAAAGACUGCCACAAUACCUCAGAUCGUGUGUUUCUUCUGUGUGAAAGGGAAUUGAUUCUUUGAGGCUUGAAUAAAAACAAACAAACA